AUGGGUUGCGGAGCGUCCCAACACUCCCAGCUCCUCCCUCACCCCAAAGUUGCCACCAAAUAUGGUGAAAUUGAGGGGAAACGGUAUCUUCUUCGAGACCGACGAGUGGUAAACGUCUUUCUGGGGAUUCCUUUUGCCGCGCCGCCCAUUGGAGAUCGUCGAUUUCGACGGCCAGAAUCGCCUCAGCCCUGGAAUGAGACUUUGCAAUGCAAACUCUACAAGAAACGCCCGAUGCAACCCAAUUUUAUUUGGGAUUUGAGACGUACUGGGAAGGGAGUGAGCGAAGAUUGUCUCUAUUUGAAUAUAAUGGCACCGGCUUGGGAAAAUAAAGAGUUCAAAAAUGGGUAUCCAGUGUUUUUGUACGUUCAUGGAGGCGGGUAUGUGCUCGAUUCCGCAGCUGGCUACAGAUAUCAGGACUUGUCAAAGUAAGGACCAUCGCACUGUGCAAAAUUUUAUUUUUUUCGCACUGUGCAGUCAUCUGAAAACUUGACUGCACUGUGCGAUUUUUUGAACUGCACCGUGCAAUCAACUUUUGUCGCUGAUUUGCACUGUGCAAUUUUUUGAAACUGCACCGUGCAAUCAAUCUUUGUCGCUGAUUUGCACUGUGCAAUUUUUGCCAUCUCAUUGUGCAAAGCUUCGAAACUCAUCUGCACCGUGCAGUCAACUUUUGUCGCUGACUUUUCAUUGUGCAAUUUUCCCCACCGCACUGUGCAAAGCUUCGAAACCCCUCAGCACCGUGCAAUCAAUUUUUGUCGCUGACUUUGCACUGCGCAAUUUUUUGAAACUGCAUGGUGCACUCAACUCUUGUCGCUGACUUUGCACUGUGCAAUCAAAUUUUUUUACAGGCAACUUGUCUCCAAAGAAGUGAUCGCCGUGACAAUCGAAUAUCGCCUCGCCUACUUUGGGUUCUUCUGUCUCGAUGAUAAGCAUUGCAAAGGCAACUUUGGAAUGUGGGAUCAGGCCAAGGCCAUCAAAUUCGUCAAGGAUAACAUCGCAAAAUUUGGUGGAGAUCCCGAAAAGAUCACCUUGUGCGGGCAAAGUGCUGGCGGAACUUCUACCGAUCUUUUGAGCUUGUCUCCAAUCACUCGAGGUAGAAAUUUGUAUUCAGGUUUUUUUGAUGUUCAGGUCUCUUUCAACAAAAAAUUUGUAUGGCCGGAUCGGCGGAGAAUCAAUGGGCGAUGAGCGAGAAAGAAUGGGUAAUCAAAUUCUGUCGAGAAAAAGCGUUAGCAGAGGGAUUCGAACGGACGUCGGAUUGUAAGCCCAAACAUCAUUUAACUCUAUAUUAUACUAGACAAAACCAUAUCUAAAACUUUUAUUUUUAGCCGAAGAAUGGACGGAAAAGGAGAACCAAGAAUGUAUGGAAUUCCUGCGGAAACUUCCAGCCGGCCGACUCAACUAUCCAGUGCACAGUAAGUUGUUUUAG